AAGAAACUGUGCCUGAAUCUGGAAGGAAACAACAAUCAAGCAGGACUUAACACACUUAUGUUAAGAACAUAUAAGUUAUAAUAUUUUUGUUAGCUAUAAAUGGUCUGUAUUAUCAUCUGUGGAGAACAUGGAUAGGUGACGUUUCAGAGUGUUGGAGUAACUCAGUGGGUCAGGCAGCAUCUGUGGAGAACAUGGAUAGGUGACGUUUCACAGAGUGUUGGAGUAACUCAGUGGGUCAGGCAGCAUCUGUGGAGAACAUGGAUAGGUGACGUUUCACAGAGUGUUGGAGUAACUCAGUGGGUCAGGCAGCAUCUGUGGAGAACAUGGAUAGGUGACGUUUUGUGUUGGGGCCCUUCUUCAGACUGUUCGAAUUGUCACCUAUCCAUGUUCUCCAGAGAUGCUGCCUGAGCCACUGGGCGCAUGGCCUAUGUAGUUCCUUGUUUCUCUUUAGCAACUUUAAUGUUGAUUCAAUCUUCCUAAUUUAUCUGUGUAGGAAGGAACUACAGAUGCUGGUUUACACGAAGACAGCCACAAAAUGCUGGAGUAACUCAGCGGGCCAGACAGCAUCCCUGGAGAAAAAAGGAAUAGGUGACGUUUUGGGUUGAGAAGUUUCUUCGGACUGAGAGUUAAGGGAGCGGAAAACUAGAGGCAUGAAAAUAUAUUAAGAACAAAUUUAUGAAAGGCAUGAAAAGAACAAAUCAAAGCCAGCCAGAUGAUCAAGGUUGGGUGGAGCCCACAAUGGUCCAUUGUUGACCUGUGGAGAAGAUUCUCCUCGCGGGCUGAAUGGCCUAAUUCUGCUCCAAUGUGGGCAGCACGGUGGCGCAAUGGUGGAGUUGCUGCCUUACAGCACCAGAGACACGGGUUCAAUCCUGGCUUCGGGUGCUGUCUGUAUGGAGUUUGCACGUUCUCCCCGUGAUCUGCGUGGGUUUUCUCCGGGUGCUCCGGUUUCCUCCCACACUCCAACGAUGUACAGGUUUGCAGGUUAAUUGGCUUUGGUAAAGAUCGUAAAUUGUCCCUAGUGUGUGUAGGAUAAUGUUAGUGUGUGGGGUGAUCGCUGGUCGGUGCGGACUUGGUGGGCCGAAGGGCCUGUUUCCACGCUGUAUCUCUAAACUAAACUAAGCUAAAUUAAACUUAACUAAACUAAACUUAACUAACUGUAACUAAACUUAACUAGGCUAAACUAAAUUAAACUUAACUAAACUAAACUUAACCGUAACUAAACUUAACUAAGCUAAACUAAAUUAAACUUAACUAAACUAAACUUAACUAACCGUAACUAAACUUAACUAAGCUAAACUAAAUUAAACUGAACUAAACUAAACUUAACAACUAAAUUAAACUUAACUCACCUUAACUAAACUAACCUUAACUAAACCUAACUAACCUUAACUAAAUUUAACUUAACAUAACUAAACCAAAAUGUCGUGUGACCUUAUGAUUUGCUUUCUUCUCCCACAGAUAAACAAUGGGUGACUGGUCACUGCUUGGCCGACUCCUGUCGGAAGUACAGAACCAUUCUACAGUGAUUGGGAAGAUCUGGCUGACGGUGUUGUUGAUAUUCCGCAUUCUGCUGGUGACGCUGGUCGGUGAUGCGGUCUAUAGUGAUGAACAGUCCAAGUUCACCUGCAACACUCGCCAGCCCGGCUGUAACAACGUUUGCUACAACACCUUCGCCCCCAUCUCUCACCUCAGGUUCUGGGUCUUCCAGAUCGUGCUGGUGUCCACCCCCUCCAUCUUCUACAUUGUCUACCUCCUCCACAAAAUAGCAAAGGACGAACAGUACGAAAUGAACAAGGGGCAUCAGCAGGAGUCGCCAAGCGACCCCACACCUGGUGGGCCCCUCCUAGAGGAUGAAAUCCUGGCGCAAAGUUCCGAAGCCGUCAACCCUGGGGAGGCGGGACUGGAUGUAAGAUACGGGGAAUAUGAAAUGGAAGGCAUCAAGAGUAAUAAAAGUGGCGACCCCAUCUAUCUUUCAAACAAGGUUCUAUCAGUCUAUAUCAUCCACGUCAUGCUGAGAGCUGUUAUGGAGAUAAUCUUCUUAUUGGGACAGUACUAUCUAUAUGGAUUCAAUGUGCCUUGUUUGUUCGUAUGUUGGACCUAUCCUUGUCCGACCAAAACCGACUGUUUCGUAUCAAGGGCGACGGAAAAGACUAUUUUCUUAAACUUUAUGUUUUGUGUGAGUCUGGCCUGCUUUCUGCUGAACAUAGUGGAGCUGCACUACUUGGGCUGGGUCUACAUAGCUCGUGUCUUGUGCACAACCUGUUCACCUUGCUGCAAGAAGAGACAAGGGAGAGGACGGAGGCAACGUCCGCGGCAAAACCCCCUGCUCUUGGCGCUGAAGAAAUCGUUCUACGACAAUUUGAUGUUGAAGUCGUCGGCGGAACUACUGCAACACCGGCCAGUGUACCUGCCGCACCUGGCCUCCAUUUCAAUGGAAUCUGAAUCUAUAGAGAAAACUCGAAGAAGUUUUGACGGGAAGGAACAUAUAAAGAUGCAGCGCGCAAACCUAAACAGAUCCGCUAAAAGCAAGAAGGUUUGGAUUUAAAACGCCACAGAUUACACUUCUUCACGUUCAACGCCAGCACAAAAAGUAUGGUGGAAGUACAACAACUUAAAAGGACAUGUGAACACAAAAGAACUCAGAGUGCUGGAGUAACUCAAUGGGUCAGGCAGCAUCUCUGGAGUACAAGGAUAGGUGACAUUUCGGGACGGGACCCUUCUUCAGACUGAAACGUCACCCAUUCCUUCUCUCCAGAGAUGCUGCCUGUCCAGCUGAGUUACUCCAGCAUUUUGUGUCUAUCUUCGGUUUAAACCAGCAUCUGCAGUUCAUUCCCACACAUACGACUUUUUAGUCAAAUUGCAUAAGGAAUUCCAAAGAGCAGGAAAUUAACUGAUAGAAUGAUCUUCUGGGAAAAAAAUAAUGAAGUCCUCAUUUCAUGAUAGAUUCCCACAUCCCUAGAAAAUAAUAUGACACGGUGGCGCAGCGGUAGAGUUGCUGCCUCACAGCGCCAGAGACCCGGGUUCGAUCCUGACUACGGGUACUGUCUGUACGGAGUUUGUACGUUCUCCCCGUGACCUGCGUGGGUUUUC